AUGGCAUCCACCGAACAGAGAGAGCUCGAGCUCGUGGACAAGGUCAAUUUACGUAUUCUCAAUGUCGCAAACGACGCCCCCAAACUCACUCAGCUGCUGAAGCCCUACCUCCCGGCCCUGCUGCUGAAGGCUGGCAGCGAGCAUGCCUCCGUUCGCGCGAAGGUCGUCACCAUCUGCCAGCGGCUCAAGGUCUUCAUCAAAUCUCCCGAUGUCGUCCUGCCAGUUGCAGCCCUAUUGGACCAGUACAUCAGCAACAGCCAUCCCGUCGUCCGGCAGCUGGACGUUACCUUCAUCCAGCACAGCAUAGAGAGGAUCAGUGCCGACGAGAGGAGGAAGCUCGUGCCAACCAUCUUGAACGGCAUCCAUGCAACAACUCACACCACCCCCGCCAGAUUCAACAUGUUCCUGCACACCCUCAAGGACAUCAACAUCCCACCCAGAGGCAGCAAGGAAGACGAGGGCUUCCGACAAGAGGUCGGCCUGACAGACGGCAAGGACGCCGAGUUCAUCGCAAAAUGGCUCGGCAAUCUUCUACUGACCCCAAGCCCGCAUAAGAAGCCGCCAGGCCUGACCGACGAAGACAUGGCCUUCCUCACGCUGGGCAAGCCAGGGGAGCCAAAGCCCGAGGGAACUCUGGUUGUGGACUGGCCCGGAACCAUGAUCAAAGCUGCCAAGCUUCUGGAGAGUGGUGCAUUCACGGACGAGGAGCGCUUCAUGCCCGCACUGUAUGCUGCCGCGAGUAACGAUUGGCGCAUCAACUCUGUGGGGAACGCCAUGUUGAUGAGAAAUCAGGUGUCCUUGGAGGAUGGAGGAAGGGCCAAGCUUCUCUUUGAGGCCCACGCUCGGUUACCACCUAUGUAUCGGAUACGCAUCCUGGGCUUACUGUCCAAGUCAGCACUGUCAACGACGUUCACGCAAGACAUUCUGGAUGUCGUACGGCGGGACAUCAAGCCCAAGGACGAAGCUGUGGACGGACUUCAGCUGACCAAGCUUCACAAAGCACUCUUCGAGUACAUCAAUUGGGUUGCCCGCAUCGGCCCAGGUAAAGGGAAAUUUGAUAUCGGCCCAACACUCAUUGAAUUGUUACGAGGUUUCAUCACUGAGGAACAAGGAUGGCCGAAACCAAGCCAGGAGAAACGAGCGCUGGAUCCCCUUGACGACAGAAAUCUUCGUGCAAGGGCAUACGAGACCAUUGGAGUGCUGGCAAGGGGUUCGUCGAUGGAACAGGCCAACCUGCUGGAAUUGGUCGCCUGGCUUUUUCGGUCGCUCUCGGAGGACCCAACGCCCGAGGUCGUGGUCAACAUUGAGGGCGCUUUAUCAGUCAUGACAUCGAUAUUCAAACCCGACAGUGGAGAAGUCGAUAGGCUACGGACCAUAAUCCUGACAUACAUGACACUUGCCGAUGGCGGAGAUUCUGUGAGGAGCGUACGACACGCAGCUACAAAAUGGGCAAACCAGUGCCUCGCAUUUUCAGACCCUAUAGCAAGGUGGGUCGAUAUCCUGGCUAUCAACGGCCGUGGCGAGGAGAGGAUGGAAGUCAUUGAAGAGGGUCGAAAGGGCCUGGAUCCCUGGACAUACAGAGUCAACGACGCGACGGUCACCAAUGACCUACCCGACUGGCAACAGCUGGUCCAGACCUUCUUCAGGGAGUCUAUUGGGUAUGGUGCUUCCGCCAUGAUGUCAGACGGGCCGUCCAUCACGCAAAACUUUGUCGACCUAGCCCCGAGCGCGCUCCCUACUGCCAUCACGUACUGCAAGCGGAUGCUGUUCCUCGCAGCGCUGAAGGACGAGUUCAAUAUCGAACCGGGCUGGGAGCAGCAGUUGGACACCCUUGUGAGGUCUGAUAAACAGACGAGGGAAUCCAUCCGCAAAUACUUGGGAAAGGAGAGCGGACAUGCAUUGGAAUCCUUCUUGCACGCCGCCCUCGAGGGAAUCCAAGAGGACAAGGCCACCACGGAAGAGUGCGCGCGCAGCUUUGUUGAAGUUGCCUCUCUGGCGCCCAAGUCGGAGCUGACACCUCUGAUUCUGGAAGGCAUACCGAGGCUGUUGGCAGUGGUUACCUCGAACAAGAAGGAAGUUCGAAAUCUUGCUGCGAGAGCUCUUGGCAUCCUUGCUGCGCAUCCAUCUGUCCCCUCGUCAUUGUUCAAUGUCAUCAACUACGUGCUGCGCCAACAAUGCCAAUCAUGGCGAACGGCUGUAGGUGCUGAGAUGAACGCUGUUCAAGGAGCGUUCGUUGCGUUGGGACACUUGUGGUCUCGCGCUGUGUAUUACCCACAUCCUAUUCUUGUGGGGGGCAGUGAUGGCCCAGAUGCGGGCAACGAGAAUGCCUCUCUUGGCGACACAACCCUGUUGCAAGAGCUUAGAAGCAAGUACCUCAAGGGAAGCGACGCGCCGCACACGACACAACCAAAAGCGGAAGAAUGGCUACCCCCGGUCAAAGACCUGGGCAGCGCUCAGCUCUCUUUCCAAGAAGUUAUUUUUGAUACUCUCACACAGCUGUGGACUGCUUUGAUUGUGCCCGAAGAAGCCUCGAUCACGCCGUAUAUCGAUGUGUUGGUACCACAGUGCAAGAAAGGCAACGAACGGGCCAUCACUGCUCUCGGCCGUCUUGCGCUCGGCCUGAAAGACGACGACGCUGCCCUUGAUACCAUUCUCUCAAAACUUUACGAACUCCACGAGCUCAAGCAACCCGAGGUUCAUUUCGCCAUAGGGGAGGCCAUCACGGCUGCCAUCGCGCGCUGGGACUCAGAUGUCGUGCAACUCACAGUGGAUGUGGAAUCACAGACGGACAAGUACCGGUUGGAGAAGCGAGCCGACAAGAUCAAGGAGGUCCUGGAUAAGAUACUCACUGAUUGCAAAGCCACCAAGCCUUCCCUCCUGAAAGCAUCCGGAAUCUGGCUAUUUUCGAUCAUUCAGCAUUGCUCUCACCUGCCCGAGAUCCAGGCGCGCCUGCGCGAAUGCCAGGUUGCGUUCAUGCGCCUGCUCAGCGCGCGCGACGAGCUCGUGCAGGAGACAGCGUCAAGAGGUCUGUCUUUGGUCUACGAAAAGGGCGAUCCUUCACUGAAGGAGAGCCUGGUCAAAGAUCUUGUUGGCGCUUUCACAGGAACAGGUACGCAGCUGAAGGUUGAAGAGGACACAGAGCUUUUCGAGGCCGGUGCACUGCCUACAGGUGAAGGGAAAUCUGUCACCUCGUACAGGGACAUUAUGAACCUGGCCAACGAGGUCGGUGACCAAAGUCUCGUUUACAAAUUCAUGUCACUCGCCUCGAACGCGGCGACGUGGUCCACCCGUUCGGCGUUUGGGCGCUUCGGCCUGAGCAACAUCCUCUCUGAAUCCGAAGUCGACCCCAAGCUCUAUCCAAAGCUUUUCCGAUACCGAUUUGACCCGAACACAAAUGUCCAGCGGUCGAUGAACGACAUCUGGAAGGCCCUGGUCAAGGAUUCGAAUGCGGUCAUUGAGGAGCACUUCGACGCUAUAAUGAACGACUUGCUGAAGAGCAUCCACACCAAGGAAUGGCGAGUGCGGCAGGCUAGCUGCUCAGCCAUAGCUGAUCUUAUCAGUGGCAGACCUUUCCAGAAGUAUGAGAAGUACUACGGCGAGAUCUGGACCAAGGCGCUCAAGGUGCUCGAUGACGUGAAGGCGACGGUCCGUAACGAGGCGCUGAAGCUCUGCAUGGGCAUGGCAAAUACUCUGACAAGGCAGCUCGAAGAGGGUGGCGUGUCGGCGUCCGCCAAGGACAUGAUGAGCUCCACACUGCCCUUCUUGCUCUCCGACAAGGGCAUUGAGAGUAAUGUGAACGAGGUCAAGGGUUUCGCGAUCGACACGGUUAUCAAGAUCACCAAGACCGGUGGGAGUGCAUUGAGACCGUAUAUCGCCACAAUCGUGACGCACCUGCUGGGACUGCUGAGUACCAUCGAGCCAGACGCAAUCAACUACUACUAUCAGCGUUUCGGCGAAGAUGAUCGGGAGAAGAUUGAUAAGAUCCGCAGCCAGAUGGUCAAUCAGAGCCCCAUCUCCCAGGCCAUCGAGAACUGCCUUCGCAACGUCGACGAGAGCGUCAUGCCGGACCUGGCAUCUGGCCUCGAAGAGACCAUCAAGUCGGCCCUUGGAAUGCCUACGAAGGUUGGAUGUGCGAGGCUGCUGGGCACGCUGGCGACACGGCAUACCAACGACUUUCGGCCAUACGCAGACCGUUUCCUGCGGGUCCUGGAGAAGCAGUGCCUUGACCGCAACGACGAGGUGAGCCAAGGAUAUGCAAAGGCUGCAGCCUACAUAAUGCGACACGCCCCAUCAGAAGCCAAAGAGCGCUUCAUCGCCAAGUUCGAAACGCUAUACUUCAACGCCGAGGAUGAAGCGCGCAGGCAAAAGGUGGCGGAUGUGGUGUUGUCGCUCUCCAAGAUCAGCCCCGAUCACUUCAACGCGCUGGAGGGCAGCCUGCUCCCAUUCAGCUACCUGGGGAUGCACGACGUGGACGAGUAUGUGACCAAGGCAUUCAAGGAGGUGUGGGAGACCCAUGCGGGCAGCAGCAGGACGGCGACGCGCUUCGUGCCCGAGGUGGAGGCACUCGUGCAGAGGGCACUCGACACACCACAAUGGAGCCUCAAGCACGCGGGCGCGCUGACUGCAGCCAGCGCCGUCACGGCCGUCACGGCCGCGGGCGACCACUCCGGGUCCACCGUCAACGUCGCGCACCUCGCGCGCCUGUGGCCCGCGUUCGACCGCGCGCUCGCCCUCAAGACCUUCGCCGGCAAGGAGAAGCUGCUGGACGCGCUGGCCGACGUCGCCGCCAAGGGCAAGGCGUUCUGGGAGGCCGACGCCGCCAUCGCGGCGCAGCUGAAGAAGGUCGCCCUGCGCGAGGCGAAGCGGAAUAACGAGACGUACCGCGUGCCCGCGUUCAAGUGCCUGUGGCGGUGCGCUGCCGCGCGGGAGGACGUCGACAUGUGGGACGAGGUGGUGGGCAUCGUGCGGCCGUUCCUGGACGAGUAUGCUGACGAGGACCGGAUGGAUGUCGAUGGGGACAGCGGCAAGGUCGCCAAGGAGAAGGAGGUGCUUGUCUACCAGACCGCGCUCGGGGCGGUGGAGGUUGUUGCCCGCGGGUAUAAUCGCCCGCUGUUGAAGAAGCAGCCUGUCGAGGUGGCUGGGAAGAUCCUCGACGUCCUGGGACCUUUCUUUGCGAAGCCGCGAUUCGAUCUGAUUCGUCGGGAGGUCUGGUAUAAGGCUGUCGAGGACCUGAUGAAGGACGCUGCUGCCGAUGGUGUCGCCGGCAAGGAGGGGGGAGACGUCGCCAAGAGGUAUUUUGACAGCCUGGAUGUGGACAAGCCGGAUGUUGGCGUUGAGACGCAGCGGAUUGCGCGCGCUCAGGCCACGGUCGCGCUGGCGAGGGCUGUUAAGAAGGGGGUGUUUGGUGACGCGGCGUCUAAGGCGGAGGGCGUGGCUGGGACUAUGAGGAGGGUAAUUACUGAGGCACGCGAGGCGGAGAGGAGCGUGGAUGUGAAGAAGGUCAUGGGCGAGGCGUUGGCUGAGCUUUGA